CAUCUUUGGUAUGUCUGUGCCUGUCUAGACAAAGCGAACAAACUGCUUCUGCCAGACAUAAGUAGGAAGUCAGCAUUGCUUCUCAAUUAGGUGAAGGGUUUAUCAAGAGCUUUUGGCCUUGAGGCUCGGAGAUCAGCUUUGGCUUCGCCUCGCCUAAACUUCGUCUCCUGCAGCUACAUGGUCCGGCUGUUUCGGCCAGCCAGGAGUGACGAACCUUGUGGUCCAACGCUUUCUGGAAGGCGGCAGGUCUGAAAGGAGGCGGUUCUUUCCCUAGGCUAUUAAGGACCUACAGUAGUGAGCUGUGAGACUGAAUACUGAAGAGACUGCAGCAGGCUGUAAACUGGCACAAUGUUUCGCAAGAAGAAAAAGAAGCGACCUGAAAUCUCUGCUCCUCAGAAUUUUGAGCAUCGUGUACACACAUCAUUUGAUCCAAAGGAAGGGAAGUUUAUUGGCUUGCCACCUCAAUGGCAGAAUAUUUUGGACACUCUGAAACGUCCCAAACCUGUUGUAGACCCUUCAAGGAUUACACGGGUACAGCUUCAGCCUAUGAAGACGGUUGUGCGAGCCAGCACAUUUGAAGUGGAAGGAUAUAUCUCUGGAAUACUCAAUGACAUCCAGAAGCUCUCCCUCAUCAGUUCUAACACCCUGAGGGGUAAGAGCCCUACUAGCAGGAGAAGAGCCCAGUCGCUAGGACUUCUAGGAGAAGAUGAACCAACUGACAUAUAUCUACACUGCGCUGAACCAGACUGGGCAGACAAAUAUGGAAACUACCUCAACUGCAAUGGUGGAAAUAAAUCGUCUAGAAGGCAGACCUUAUGGCCUGAUUACAAGCCCAUGUUGGACGGGCAGGCUCAUUCCAAUAGCCUAGUCAUGAAAGCUCAAUCUCUUGACCCUUCAGAGUUCCAAGGGGCAAAUAGCCACUUUGCCCCACUCUCAUCAGGUUUUCAGCACCAGCAAUACAUCCCUGUUCCUGAAGUAAACAGAGAAAAUGCUGUAGCAAGAAGAAACUCCGAAGAGAACUAUGGUCAGCCCUGCCAUGGGAGCCAAGCUAAUUUGAGGCCACCUGGAGAAGGUAGUCCUGGCUCUAAAUCAAGGGAAAACAGUUUGAAGCGGAGGCUGUUGCGAACUGUGUUCCCGUCAUCCAACCCUUCAAAUAAGAUUGGAAACAACCCACAGAUAAAGCCGAACCCCUUCUUCAGGGCACCCCAGCACUGGAGUUCACCGCAUAGUCCUGCAGCCAAAUCCCAGUCUCUUCCCUCUGACCAGCCUGUGCCUGAUUACGCUAGGAUUUCAGAAGCUGGUGGUUCCCCUCACAAGUCCCCAACCAUUGAACAUAGAAUUGGCUUGCCUCAAGGUAGGCCAUCGCCAGCAGGGUCCCCACGGAACAGGCACACCCAAACCAGCUCCAGCAACCUUCAUCUUCCUCUGGAUGCUAAAGCACAGCCAACCAGUGAGGAUCCAGCGGUGGUAACUCAUGAGCAGUUCAAAGCUGCCUUGAGGAUGGUGGUGGACCAAGGAGAUCCUAGGACAAUGCUAGAAAGCUACGUCAAGAUUGGUGAAGGAUCUACGGGUAUUGUCUGCAUUGCUCGUGAGAAGCAUUCUGGGAGGCAGGUAGCAGUGAAGAUGAUGGAUUUACGAAAGCAGCAGCGGCGAGAACUCCUUUUUAAUGAGGUCGUGAUAAUGAGGGACUACCAGCAUGACAACGUGGUGGAGAUGUAUAAAAGCUAUCUUGUAGGUGAUGAGCUUUGGGUGUUGAUGGAAUUUCUCCAAGGAGGAGCUCUGACAGACAUUCUCUCUCAGAUCAGACUGAAUGAAGAGCAAAUUGCUACAGUAUGUGAGUCAGUCUUGCAGGCACUUGCCUACCUGCAUUCCCAAGGUGUGAUUCACAGAGACAUUAAGAGUGACUCCAUUCUCUUGACUCUUGAUGGAAGGGUGAAACUUUCUGAUUUUGGUUUUUGUGCACAAAUCAGCAAGGAUGUACCAAAACGGAAAUCCUUAGUAGGAACACCAUAUUGGAUGGCUCCAGAAGUUAUUUCAAGGUCUCCGUAUACCACUGAGGUGGACAUCUGGUCUUUGGGAAUCAUGGUAAUUGAAAUGAUUGAUGGAGAACCUCCCUAUUUCAGUGAUUCUCCAGUCCAAGCAAUGAAACGGCUCCGUGACAGCCCUCCUCCCAAAUUGAAAAACUCUCAUAAGACUUCUCCAGUUUUAAGGGAUUUCUUGGAGCGAAUGUUAACACGAGAUCCUUUAGAGCGAGCAACAGCACAAGAACUCCUGGAUCACCCUUUUUUGCUUCAAACUGGACUUCCAGAAUGCCUCGUGCCCCUUAUCCAGCGAUACAGGAAACGCACCUCUACCUGCUGAUUCUGAACCGGAAUCUAGUAUUUCAGUGCAACCUUUUUCCUAGUAAUUCUUUCUUGAUUAGGAAAGGAUGAAGGGCGACAUUGCCCUGCGCACACUGCUUGAAAUCGGACAGGGUUCUUUCCCAAGAUGUGAAUGUGAGAGAAAUUUUCAUCAUCUUUUAGCUGCUUUUUAAUGUUUACCUUUCAUUUUGUGGCUGAAGACAAUCAAAAUCUGGAUUCCUACAAAUUCUUUCUAUAUUAUGAAUAUUGUAAAGUGUCUGGAUUCUUAUUUCUAGAAACAUACGUAAGAUGGUUCUGUCAACUUGGGUCAUAUGUAUCUGCAACCUCCAGAGGCAUUAGAUACUGACUGAACUGGAACUUUCUGAAAGAAUGAAGUCUGAUCUUUCUUCUUUCAUAGUGACUAAAGGACAGGCAUUCUCAUUCACUUAACACUAAAUGGCAUCAUGUCUGUCUUAAACUUGCUAUAAAAUGACCUUGUCCCUUAUUUAUUUUCAAAUCGUUCCUCCAGCACUUUUCUUUCUUUUUCCAAGAAUGAAUAAUAUUGAGCCUACAGCUUUGCAAAUGUUUAGAAUGGUCUGUCAUUUCACAACUUUAACACAAUAUCUUUGGGGAGCAGCGCUUUAAGGCAGACACUUCCCCUGGAACCUUACUCUUGAAAUUCUGAAGCAUAUAAACAUAGUGCCUUCCCUAGCAGUGUCUGAAACAGAAGGCAACACAGGGGUUAUCUAAAUAAGGAAGCAAGUUAGCUCUAAGUACACUGGACUCAUCCUGGACCCCUCUAAAUACACUGGACUCCUCAGUAGUUGCAGAUUGAGGCAACUGUUGGGUUGUAUUUUAUACCAGUUUUGAAUUCUGUAGCAAGGUGAAUAAAGUGUGGAAGCAAUCCUGUUAAUUCCCCUGAAAAUGUCUGUUUUGCAGGUGAGAAUAUUUACCCUCUACCUCCCAUGUUUUUUAGACAGGGGAAAGCAUGGAACAGAUUUUUAAAUGUUUGCUCAUCCUGGAUGUAGACUGAUCAUUUUUAGUAUUCUUUUCUAAUGUCAAUGCAGCAAUUUUGUAUGGGGAAUUUUACCAGUGUAAGAACAAGGUCAUUUGACACUUAAGUGGUAUUAUGUGCAUUACUGUAUGGAGUGUUAAUUACAAUAUAUUGGAGUUCAGUCUUGUGAAACAGAUGUUUUGUAUUUGUGGACUGCGAGGAUUGUUUAAAAAAAAUAGGUGAGAGUUUGAAGAGGGUUAAAUUUAUUUCUACUGCCUCAAAGUUUGCCCUCACAUGAUAGAUUAUCCAUCUGACUCAAGUGUAGAUUUGUGUAAAAAUAUAAACUUGAAAUACUAGAGACAUUUUUUCUGUAAAAUAUUUCUGUAUGUUUCAGGAUCUGUGCAAAGCAAGUUCCUUUUUUAAAGAAUUGCCUAAUUAUCUUUAACAAAUAUUUCUUUUGUGUGUGUAAGUUGUUUGCUUUUGGUUUAAAUUAAAAGAUUUUUGUUUAUUCAUAAAUAUGUUACAGUUUUGAUAUAGUUUAAACAUGCAGUUGUUAUUUGUGGUAAAACUACCAAUGGAGAAUUGCAGGCUUAGAGCUCUUAAGUUUAAGUAGGAGAAGAGCAACAUAGUUCAAAAAAUAACCCAUAAGAUUAUGGUAGGGUCCAAGACUACAUUAUUAAUAGCUAUUUGGGCAACAAGGCUCAUUUAGAGUCCACUAGUUAUUAACUAAUUCUUC